UAAAAUAUCUCUCCCUCCUUCUCUCCUGUUGGUAUGAUCCGGGUCAAAGGUCAGGAGCUCUGAAACAAGAUGGCGGCCGCAGUGAUUUGGAGGAGAGCAGCUUUUUUCGGCUCAGUGAAGACUUCCGGUCGCAGGUCCUGGUUCCACAGUGGAACCGUUCUACCUCAGCAGUCUGGUUCUCCUCCUCCUCAGUCGGCGUUCUUCCCGCCGGCUGAAGGCGUGAUGCUGCCGACAGGAAGUUUCAACAACAGAGUGGCAUUCAUCACAGGAGGGGGGACGGGACUGGGCCGAGCCAUGACCACUGCCCUGUCACAGCUGGGAGCUCAAUGUGUCAUCGCCAGCAGGAAGUUGGACGUCCUGCAGAAAACAGCCGAGGAGAUCAGCAGCCAGACCGGAAACAAGGUCCAUGUGGUCCAGUGUGAUGUCAGAGACCCUCAGGCUGUCUCUCACUGUGUGGACCAGGUGGAAACACUGACCGGACUUCCUGAUGUGAUCAUCAACAACGCGGCGGGAAACUUCGUCUGUCCAUCAGAGCGUCUGUCUCCAAACGGCUGGAAAAGUAUAACGGACAUCGUCCUGAAUGGGACGGCCUUCAUCACCCUGGAGCUGGGCAAGAGACUGAUCCAGAGCCAGAAAG